AUGGUUGGGAUGUGUCGUGUGAAGACACGCGCAAGACGUUUGGCAUCAGUCCUGAACUAUUCCAUAAAUGGAACCCUUCGAUUGGUCUGGACUGAGAGGCUCGAUACCGAGCCAAUACCGGGAUUGACCUCAACCAUCUCUACGACUAACACCACGACUACCUCGUCUACAGCCACCCCUUCUCCCACUGCUUGGACCGAAAUAGGGUGCUAUGUAGAGGAUCUGACGUUCCCGCUUCUCGACAGAAAUAUGAGCCCAGAUGGAGACGCAUCCUUGACCAUCCCUGAUUGCAAAGACACCUGCUAUCGCGAUGCCUACAGAUUCGCGGGUGUACAGGAAGGCAAUCAAUGCUGGUGUGGUACUUACGUCAUCGGGCAAUGGGCAAAAAAUCAGACCGACUGUAACGUUCCCUGCACUGGAGACAAGACGACAUAUUGCGGUGGAAAGGGAUUAUUGAAGAUAUUUCAAGAAGCAGGUUGA